AUGUGCAAAACAACACUCACGCACUUCAACUGUCUAUGCACAGCUCUCGUAGUACACUCCUGCGCCCUCAACUUUCCACUCGGUCGUAUGGUCUGUGGCCCGCCUAAUCUGAUCAAGAAAGAUAUAUAUGCCUAUUCGGACUGCGAUGAUUGUUUGCUCGGCGCCCCUAUAAGAGAGGAGAAACGAAUGAGACUAGCAAAGAAGGCAAAUGAGAGAUGGAUGGAGAUUGUGGAAGAUGUGCUGGGCGAUGGUGAUGAAAAUGGCGAGGGGGUGGAGGAAAUUAGAUUGGAAUGUGAGGAUGAGAGAGCUGGGGAUGAAGGAGAGGGUGAAGUCUUUGAUGGUGGUAAGGAUCGUGUCAGAGAUAUGGAAGAGGAAUGGGAAGUCUUGAUGAAUAGACAGAAAAGUAAGGAUGGGUACCAGGAAGAAAACGAAGAUGAAGACGCGCAGUUGUUAGCUGCUCAAGAAGCAAUCCAAUCUGAGCUCGAAACCCCAGAAGACGACCCCGAUACAGAUGACGAUUUGGCUGCUGCUGCGCAAUUACUAUCGGCGCUUAGACAAGAACUUGGAAAGGUUGAUGUGGUUUCGCAGGACGCAGAUAUUGACGAGAGUGAUGAGGGCCAGGAAGAGAGAGAUGAUAGAGAAUCUAAGGGGCAUGUACAGACGAUUUUGGAGAGUUUGGGGAAGCUGAGAGAUAGGAGUGAAAGAGUAGAGGUUGAUUCUAAGGAUGUGGAGCAGGAAGAUUGGGGAAUGUAA